AUGGUCAAAUCGUCCACUGGUCAACGUGCCCAGAAGGCGCCUGUCAAAGCCGGCAAGAAAAGGACAUUAGUUGAGUCGAAAGAAGUCAGCGAUGCAAGUGACGAUGAAUUGAUUACAGAAGGUCUUAUAGACGAUGGGUCUGACGACUCUGAUGCCCAGGAGGAAUUCGAAGACGACAGCGAUGCAGAUGAAACGGGUCAAUAUCAGUCAGCAGAGGAAGGAUAUGAAGACGAAGAAAAAGAAGACGAAGAAAAAGAAGACCAAGAGGAUUCAGACGAGGAGUUUAACAAGCUUCUGGCCGAGGAAGAACCAGAGGAAAACGGUUCUGACGCCAACGAGUCUCUCGAAUUUUCUGACGACGGCGACUCUGUCUCUAUGAUAGACAAACUAUCAAGCAUCAAACUAAACACAAUCCCAGAGGUUCACACCAAAUUCUCGGAUGGAAGACCUCGUGUUAUCAAACCUGAGAUAAAUCCGAUAUAUGACAGUGACGACAGUGACGUCGAAACUCAAAACACCAUCGGUAACAUCCCGUUGUCUGCAUAUGACGAGAUGCCUCACAUCGGUUACAGUAUCAACGGUAAGAGAAUCAUGAGACCUGCCAAGGGCUCCGCAUUGGACCAAUUGUUGGACACUAUCGAGCUCCCAGAGGGAUGGACGGGUCUUUUGGACCAAAACACCGGUACUAGCUUGAAUUUGAGUCAAGAAGAGCUGGAGCUCAUUUCGAAGAUUCAACAGAAUGAGAAAACCGAUGACUCGGUCGACCCAUACGAACCGUAUGUCGACUGGUUCACCAGACAUACUGAAACCACACCAUUGACUGCGGUUCCCGAACCCAAGAGAAGAUUUGUUCCUUCCAAGAACGAGGCCAAGAGAGUCAUGAAGAUCGUCAGAGCCAUCAGAGAGGGUCGUAUUAUUCCACCUAACAAGCUGAAGGAAAUGCGGGAGCAGGAAGAAGAGGCCGGAACUUACGAUCUUUGGGGUACCGGUGAUGGUGUCGACGACCAUGUCAUGAAUCUACGCGCCCCUAAACUACCUCCUCCUACUAACGAUGAGAGUUACAAUCCUCCUGAGGAGUAUUUGAUGACAAAGGAGGAAAAGGAAGAGUGGGAAAAGCUAGAACCUAGCGAAAGGGAGAGAAACUUCGUUCCUCAGAAGUUUGGCGCUCUAAGAAAAGUUCCAGGAUAUGGCGAAUCUGUCAGAGAAAGAUUUGAGAGAUCUUUGGAUCUGUAUUUGGCACCCAGAGUCCGUAAAAACAAACUUAACAUAGACCCAGAGUCCUUGAUUCCAGAACUACCAUCUCCAAAAGACCUACGGCCUUUCCCUAUCCGUUGCUCUACUGUUUACCGGGGACACGCGGGUAAGAUCAGAACUCUUUCUAUUGACCCAAGUGGUCUAUGGCUUGCUACGGGUUCCGACGACGGUACCGUCAGAGUUUGGGAAAUUCUCACGGGAAGAGAGGUUUACAAAGUUCAAAUCGUUGACACGAAGGAAAACACUGACGAUAUCAUUGAUGUUGUCGAAUGGAACCCCGACCAAUCUACUGGAAUCCUUGCUGUUGCUGCUGGUGAACACAUCUACUUGAUUGUUCCACCGGUGUUCGGCUUUGAAAUCGAAAACAACGGUAGAACCAAGAUUGAAGACGGUUUCGGGUUUGACACUUUUGGAAAUGUAAAGAAAUCCAACCUCAAUGUGAACAGCGACGAGGAAGAUGAGGGGUCGUCUGCCACAACCAUCAAAAGCCAGGUGGCUCAAUGGAACAAGCCAACUCAGAAGCAAGCUGAGAAGGAUGUUGCUGUCGUUAUUACAUGCAAACACACAGUCAAGAAAUUAUCAUGGCACAGGAAGGGCGACUAUUUUGUCACGGUUCAACCCAAGUCGGGCCAUACUUCUGUUCUGAUCCACCAACUGUCCAAGCAUCUGUCGCAGUCACCAUUCAAGAAAUCCAAGGGUAUAGUCAUGGAUGCGAAAUUCCAUCCCUUCAAACCUCAGCUUUUCGUGUGUUCUCAAAGAUAUAUUAGAAUCUACGAUCUGUCACAACAGGUCCUUGUCAAAAAGCUAAUGCCCGGUGCUCGCUGGCUAUCCACCAUUGACAUUCAUCCAAGAGGUGACAACUUGCUUGCAUCCUCCUUUGACAAGCGUGUAUUGUGGCACGAUUUGGAUUUGGCAAGCACUCCAUACAAGACUCUAAGGUACCACGAAAUGGCUGUCAGAAGCGUGAGUUUCCACAAGAAGUUGCCAUUGUUCUGUUCCGCCUCGGACGAUAGUGUCAUUCACAUUUUCCAUGCAACUGUGUACGAUGACAUGUUGAAGAACCCACUGUUAGUGCCAUUGAAAAAACUAGAGGGACACAAGACUGUUAGCAGUCUUGGUGUUCUUGAUUUGAUCUGGCAUCCAAGGGAAGCUUGGUUAUUUUCCGCGGGGGCCGAUGGCACUGCUCGCAUGUGGACUAGUUAA